CACCCUCUUCACACGAAAGAGAUCAUCUAUGGGCAAUGAAGAUGUAGAUCAUCACCAGCGAUAACAGAUCUAAACAUUCCUCAGCUAUGAGCUCAUUGGAGCUGAUGGGAUGGACCUCCAUCACGUCUCAGAUUUAUCAGCUGCUGUAAAUGAUAUAAAAGCAAUAGAGACAACCUACAGAUACAUCAGUGAGAUACAGUCCAUCACACACUCAUCUACAUCAUGACCUUCACCAUCUUCUCCAUCACCUGCUUUGCUCUGGUGGCUUCUGCUCUGGGUUGUGGAGUGCCUGCGAUUAAGCCACAGACGAUCGGCAGCAGGAUUGUGAACGGACAGAAUGCCAUCUCUGGUUCUUGGCCCUGGCAGGUCUCUCUUCAGCUGCCCAGUGGUUUCCACUUCUGUGGAGGAUCCCUGAUUAACCAGAACUGGGUUCUCACUGCUGCCCACUGCGCUGUCGUGGUUGGCUAUCACCGCGUCAUUCUUGGAGAACAUGAUCGUGGCUCAAGUGUUGAACCCAUUCAGGUCAAAUUAGUUUCCAAGGUCAUCACCCAUCCGCUCUACAGCAGGACGACUAUCAACAAUGACAUUGCUCUGCUGAAACUGUCGUCUCCAGUCACACUGACUCCCCGUAUCUCUCCUGUAUGUCUGGCUCCAUCAAGCCUCAGCAUCCUGCCUGGAACCCGCUGCUUCACCACUGGCUGGGGUAGAACUGCCACCACAACGAGCCCACUGAUCCUACAGCAGACAGGUGUACCCAUCAUAAGUCCUGCUGUGUGCAAACAGAUCUGGGGUCAGAACACUAUCACUGAUGCUAUGAUCUGUGCUGGAGCCUCUGGUUCCUCAUCUUGCCAGGGUGAUUCUGGUGGUCCUCUGGUGUGUGAGCGUUCAGGGGUCUGGUCUCUGGUGGGCUCGGUCUCCUGGGGAACAAGCACUUGUGACACCCGUUUCCCUGUAGUCUACGCCCGCAUCUCCCAACUGCGCUCCUGGAUCGACAGGACUAUCGCUUCUAACUAA